CACGAAUGAGCUUGGGUCCUCCAAUGAUGAAGAUCAAGAGAUGGAUCAAGAGGAAGAGAAGGAGAUCGGGAGCCAAAAAGGAUCUGGGGAAGAUGGCGAUUCUUCGAAACGUGAAAUUCCAGCGACUCAAAGCUGCGAUGAGGAAGACAGCAAUACUUCAGAUAGCGAUAGCGACAAUAGAGACGACGGAGACGAUAGUGAAAGCGAAUCAGAUGCAAGCUCGAUAGAAAGCUCAUCUCCGUACGUGAGCUGUAUCCAAGAAACCCAACUUUCACCAGACGGGACCUGCAUUUUCACCACAGAUUACAGCCGCGCAUUUAGCACAUAUGUGAUCGACGAAGACAUCCUCGAGGAGCCGGGAACCCGCCAGCUGAAGCCAUAUUCGAGGUUCACAUCCGCAGACCCGAUUCGCGCAUUUGCUGUCAAUCCGUAUUUCAGUCUCAGCGACAUGCAGUCGGCAACAGUGCUCCUGAGCCGCCGCGACCAGUACAUCACCCUGCACAACGUCCUAUGGGACUAUUCGAACAAUGGAGAAUCGAAACAUGAUGCAUCGUCAUCAAAGCCAAUUGACGCAUCCACCAAGCUCGCGAAUUACAAAUUGAUCUACCACUCUACAGAAGCAGUCAUCGCACCACUCAGUCUGACUUUCACGCGGGAUGCGACACACUUCCUCGCCGGCCACAAGAACGCGAUCUCCAUCUUCGACGUCAACUACCAAGAUAAACCGAUCUCGGAGAUAAAGACCAUCCCGACCCGGAAACUCAAAGCCGGAGGGCACGGCUACAAAGGCGAAGUCACCGCGCUUUCGAUAUCGUCCGCCACGGGCAUGCUGGCCGCUGGCACUCGAACGAGACACGUCGCCUUGUACGGUGCGGAGGGGCUAGGAGAAUGCAUCACCAACUUUGCAUUGCCGCGGAACCUGGACACUACCGCCGAGCCGUGGAAGAGGAUGGGCACCGGCGUCACGGAACUCAAGUGGAGUCCCUGCGGGAAGUACUUGUACAUCGCCGAGCGGAUGAGCGAUUCGAUCUUCGUAUACGACGUCCGGAACUUUGCAGUUGGGCUGCGGUAUUGCGUUGGCAGGGGCGCUAUGACGAACCAGAAGCUUGGGCUGGAUGUCUGGUCGAGCGGCGACGGUUCUCAUGAAGUCUGGGCUGGCAGUAUGAAUGGCACGGUUGCGGUCUGGAAGAACCCGCAUCUGGGCCAUGGAGCAUUACAACCAGAUGAGGUGCUUUCGGUGGGCAACGCGCCGGUGGCAGGGACGUUGGUGCAUCCUACUGGCAGCAUUGCUGUGUCUGCUAUGGGUUGUGUCAAACCUGGCGGCGAUGAAGAGCCAGUCGAAGGCAAGGCACGAGGUGGCAAUGGUUGGUUACCCAAGUACAAUGAUUGGGGCCGACUGGACCUUUUGGCUCUUUGUUCGUAGAGCUAAACGGGGUGCAGUGUAUUUGCUUUGUCUUGUAAUCUAUAUACCCUUCCUGUAAUCGAUGCAAUUAAAUAAAG